AUGCAAGGCUAUUCAGCCCAAGGCAUCAGGAGUUACUCAAGUGUCAAAGGUCUCCAGAGUAGCAGAUUCCAGAAUCACAAUGAAUCACAAAGCAUGCUUAGCGGAAGACAAAGCUUGGCUUCUUCAAGAGCAAAGUUAACAGAUAGAGAGUACAAUGAAGCUAUAGUUCAAGCCCAACAGGCUGAAAGUAUAUUCGAUAGGACUCUGAAAUAAGUAUAAAUCAAUCCGUUCGAUUAAAUCAAUGCUAAAGAAGAGAACUAACUCUCCUUUCGUAUCAAGGAGAUCAAAUAGGUUCAACGGAAACAGUGAGGCAUCUAGCAAUGACCUCAACUCAAAUGAUAGGAGCCUUACCUCCAAUAUUGAUAACAUUCUGAACCAAAGCCAAGCUGUUAAAACAUUAGUUCCCUCUAUGUUUAGAGGAGGGAAGUAUGUAAACCUUCCUCGGAGCCAAAACUUCCGACGGAACAUAGACCAAAUAGAAACCGGGACUUUGAAAGAUGAGCCAAUAAAAUUUCCAGAACUAAAACCAGAACCAUUAGAUAAGAAAUCAAACAGACAAGUUAUCACUGAUGCGGAGGCAAAAACUCAGGAUGUCACCUCUGCAGCUAGGACUAACGAGGAAAACAAAAAUUUGUUACCCCGAACAGCAGCAGCUAUAAUUGAUUCAAAAAGAGAGACUACUCGAUUUACAGUUUUGAAUAAAUCUAAGAUUAAUAGCGAGGAAGAAACUUCACCUGUGGCUAAGAGAGACACCAUCCUGGAUAACAGCCAAUUGGUUGAUAAAAAGAAAAAAUUUAGGGGAGAAGUCAAUGAGAAACCUCAAAACCGGUCUUCUGACUCUAAACUAAAAAAUCAGAUUGACCAAGAGAACAAGUCUCAAAUUUUGGAUAAAUCAAACCUGAAUAACGAGUCAUCAGUCUUGGAAGAUUUCAAAAUGGAGGCUAAAAUAGAGCCCAAGACUGAGAAGAAGCCAACAUAUACUAAGGUUCAUAUUCCAAAAUUCAAAGGGCCAAUAGAUUCCUUGAUCACUAAAAUGGAGAAGAGUUUGAAUUAACAUUAAAAACUUUCACCCUGAUUUUUCCAAGAAAGGAUUUUACAAAAAAUUUAAGGUGAAAGACACCAAGGAUCCUCUAGAUAAGGAACUCAUACUCCUUCAGCAAGAGAAUGAGUGGUACAAGAAAUACCUCAAGGACUUAAAUCAGCAAUUAUCACAGUACAUCAACAAAAAGUUCUCGAAAUAAAGUGAUGGUGAAAAAGACUGGUCUGGGGCGCAGAAAACGUAGUAACCCUGACAUAGAACAGAAGAAAGAGAGACAAGCGAAGUUAGUAAAGAGGCAGGUUGAGACCGCCAAGAGACAAGUCAAACAUCUGAGUACUGAGAGGAUCAAACUUUCAACAAAGCUGAAAUAAAUAUGGCAAUCCUAAUUAUUUAUAAGCAAGCUUGAGCAAAAAUCAGAAACUUUGGAAGAAGCAAUUCGGCUUCAAAAAGAGAAAGUUAAUGAGAAAAUUGAGAAAGAAAUACAACUUGUUGAUACGAUUAUUACUAACAAGAAUACUUCAAAUGUUAGAUUCAAAUCCCAUUUUGGUUCCCGGAAAUUCAGUGAGGAUGACGUUGAAAUAAGAGGAACUAUGCCAAAAAGACCAGAAAGAUGGACUAAAUCCUCUAGGAAGAAUAUUGAUCUUUUGCAGUACGAAUCUUCAGGCCUAACUAAUACUAAUAUCAACAAGGAGCACCCUCUUGUGAAAGAAUUUAACCUUGUUGUUGAUAAAAUAGAGAAGUUAGAGGAGAAACAGCUUGAGAAUCUUAAUGUAAAGCAUGAUCUUGAAACCAAAAUAGGAUACAAUGAGCAGAAGCUAAACUCCCUAAUGUAUACUUGCCAAAACUAUGAAAAAUAACCCUCUCACUGAAGAACAAAUUCUGAAGCAUUUAGCAUCGUCUGCAAAGAAGUUCCCAAAAUCUAGUCCAGUAAGAAAAGUUGUGAAGAAUGCAGACUUAAAUCUUGAUCAAGGUUCAGCUCCGGAUUUGCAGACACCUUUAAGAAACUCUGCCUCACCCCCUAAGAAUGGUCAGAAGGCAGCUCCAAAUUCUGCUGAAUACUACAGAAAAUUAAAAGAAACUCUGUUGCAUAACAAGAAGUCUACCAAAGUUAAGAUGAUGGAUGAGUACAAACGGACUCUUAUAAAGUCUCAGAUUGGUGAAAAAAAUUUGUCUAAAUAACAAGACCAAACUGAGAGAGACAACCACCAAAAUAUAUAUGCAAGAGAAGCUGAUUAAAAUCCUUGAAGAAGAAAUGAAUAAAGCAAAGAAGAGGAAGAAGGUCAUGUCAAAACUCAAGAAACUUGACCUAAGCGUUCUUAAUAAAGAUGCCUCUUCCAAACCUGUAAAGGAAGAAACCAAAGUUAUUAAUAAUAUUACCAUAACCGGUGAAAAAUUAGAUACCAAGUUUGGUGAUAAUGCUGAGAAAGUAGAGUCUGUAGACCCAAAGACCCGAGGUCCAAGAAUUAACACCAAUAUAUCCCAGGAUAGCCUGAAAGGAGUCUCAAGAAUGACCCCUCAAGCUAGGAACAGAAAUAAGUCUUUGAAGAACAGUAUUUCAAAAUCAGGGAGUGCUCACAGUUUAGCAAGGUAGGAACUGGGAGUCGAGUAGAAAUUUGAAAUAUUCAGAAUAUAAACUAAUUUAUUAUCACCAAUCCUUUCAAUCCUA